CACGGAGAGAGAGAGAGAGAGAGAGAGGGAGAGAGAGAGAGAGAGCGAGAGGGGGGUUGAAAAGGAAGCAACAUCACCGUCUUUUCCAUCCAGCAUCUUCACCGACCAACACCGAACUCGUGUGGGAACCAAGUGCACUCAGACUGUCCUCCGGUGUCCAGAGUUCCCCCCCUCCUCGUCCUCCUCAAAAUGUCCGUGGGCAGUGACUUUGGGAACCCCUUAAGAAAAUUCAAACUCGUCUUUCUGGGGGAGCAAAGUGUUGGAAAGACGUCUCUGAUCACACGGUUCAUGUAUGACAGCUUUGACAACACAUAUCAGGCCACAAUUGGAAUUGACUUCCUGUCGAAAACCAUGUACUUGGAAGAUCGAACGCUUUCUCUCUCUCAACCCCAGGUGAGGUUGCAGCUCUGGGACACAGCGGGACAAGAGCGCUUCAGGAGCCUCAUUCCCAGUUAUAUACGGGACUCCACUGUAGCUGUGGUGGUCUACGACAUUACAAAUGUUAACUCAUUCCAGCAGACGUCAAAAUGGAUCGACGAUGUGAGAACAGAGAGAGGAAGUGAUGUCAUCAUUAUGCUCGUCGGCAAUAAAACAGACCUGGCAGAUAAGAGGCAAAUCACAAUUGAGGAAGGUGAACAGAGGGCUAAGGAGCUGAGCGUCAUGUUCAUAGAGACGAGCGCCAAGACGGGUUACAACGUCAAACAGCUGUUUCGGCGCGUGGCAGCUGCUCUUCCAGGGAUGGAAAGUAUGCAAGAGACGAGCAAAGAAGGGAUGAUCGACAUCAAGCUGGACAAACCGCAGGAGCCCCAGACCACCGAAGGCGGCUGUUCCUGUUAAUACCCGGCACCUGUCCUGGAGAAGAAAACAAAAAAAACAAAACAAAAACGGAAACAAAAUCAUUUACACCACAUGCUUGUUAUGUUGCUUCCUGUCGGUUAACCUGCAGUCGACUUUGCACGUUAAGAAUCUGGCCUCCUCACCUGACUAUUGGUUCAUCAGUUGGAACUAUCGAUAUGUGAAUUUGGUUCUGGAGUAGUGUAGCCUACUUUGUUAGUGAAACUGCCAAAAAAAAGAAAAACAGUCUUACAACUUGCAAAAAAACAAAAACAAAAAAAAAAUGAAAAAAAAAAUAGACGAAUGUGAAAAAAGAUCCCAAGUUACAUAUUAUGUGUAUACAAUUUUUUAAGUAGAAAAGCAAGUUUCCCCACUUUCUUUUUUGUAAUUUUGUAUAUUCAGGGAAAUCUCUCUGGAAGGGUUGUUUCUUUAUUUUGUUUUGUUUUGUUUUGUUUUGUUUUUGUUUUUGUUUUUAAAUGCAAACAACGAGGCUCUGCGUCAGAGAGCUGGGACGGAGCAGAUGGUUUAAGACGUAUUCUUAUGGAUGCCACUGUUGUUAGAGGCAAAGAUGGAGGUCCCCUAAAAUGUUAACCAAGGCCAAACUCUUACCUUUCUCGACUUCAUGCCUUCACUUAACCAUCUGCAGGCUUUAAAAAAAAAAAAAAAAAAAUCUCUCCGCCUCAGCCGAGCCUCGCGGUUUUCGGUGGACCAAUCACGGCGCCCAUAACCCCAGUGCUCUCCAUAACUUUGCGUUUCUGUACGUUACAGGACAAACUGAACAGUAACAUCUUGAGUAUCUAAUGCAUGUCUAAGUUUUCGAGCAUAGGUACCGUGUGAACACGAGUUUGAACAUGUGAAUGGUAACAUGACACCAGUGACUUAAUGCACUCUGAUAACGACUAGUCCAAGUCUUUUUGUUUAUGAGAACUGGAUUUGUAUACUUGACUUCAGAAAAUCUUUUUUUGUCGUGUGUGUGCGUGCGUGCGAGUGUGUGUGUGUGCGUGCGUGUGUGUGUAAACGUGUGCUUUCUGUAUAGGCAACAUUAGAAUGCAGACAGAGAGGGCCACUGCCAAGUCGUGUCAUUCUCGCCACAUUACGGCACCGUGUAGGUCACCCAUUUGUUUGCAGGAUGUCAUUAGACUUCCCCCACUCACAGCGGUAGCAGUGUGACGUCUCGGUAGUUGUGAUCAUGAUAGUCUGCUACAUCCACACGUGAGCAGUGAGCAGUGGAGAACCGGAAGCCGUUGCCUUGUGUCACAGAGGAACGUAAAGACGAAAAAAAGGUUCCCCACGUGGUGAGCUGUAGACUUUAAUGCAGGUUCUGUGAUCAGCGCAGACCGUUAACAUUGUAAACCAGUUUCAUUCCUGUCAAGAGACUAAUUUGCACAUGUAGACCUUUCAGGUUAAUAUGAAGUUCUGAAAAGCUUCAUUAUAAAUGUAUAGUCACUUAAUUUAAGACCUGUCUGAUUGUCAUAGAAACUGUCGCACGACAUGUCCCCACUGAGAUGAGGUUUUCUUUUGCUGCUUGUGUUUAAACUGACUACUGAUGUUGUCUUUAUGCAAUGUUGUCUCUUUUUAUUUUAUUUUUUUAUUUCUUUCUUUUUUCUUUUCUUACCAGAGCCUGAAAUCGUAACGUACUGGUGGUGAAGUCAGCCAGUGUCGAGAACACUACUUUGAUUUGACUCGUCUUUGAAGUGAAAUCUUACUGCACUUUUUAAGGAACAUGUUUUAGAAUUAGAGUGACAAUGUUAAGUCUUAGAAACGUGGUACAACAACAACAACAACAAAAAAACAAACAAAAAACAACAAAAAAAAAAAUUAAUCUUUAUCCCCAGAACUUUUGGGGUACUGUGUCUUAGAGUAGAGGAAAACGUUCAUGAAUUGUUCACACUUGUCCAAAAAAAGGGGAGCACUCUUGUGAAAACUAGUGAACCUUUCUAACCCACAUAAUGAGCCAAAUAAUAAUAAUAAUAAUAUUAAUAAUAAUGAUUAAAAUAAUAAUAAUGAUAACAAUAAUAGUAAUAAGAGACCGAGUUGGAUCAAAUAUCACAGGAGACCUUGACUGGAACACACUGGUGGUGUUGGGAAUGACAAAGACAGGUUGCAUUUCAAGUUUGAAUCCCUCGUACUGGAAAAAAGAAAAAGAAAAAAACAAGUCUAAUAACGUUUGAACCCUCUGUGUUGCUGCCUAUUUAUUUUACUGAAACAGGAAUGUACUGCUCUCAUUACUGACCACACAGCCUUGUAAAGGAGAGCACUUUUAGAGAAAAAAAGACUCAGUGGGUAUUUAUUUUUAAAUGUGGACAAAAUGAUUGAUCGGUAGCUAUAGACAUUCCUUUGUAUUUAACCUUAAAUAUGAAAGUAGAGCCCACCUUUGCUUUGGUUUCCCCCGAAAGGCCCAUUUUAACAUUCCCCUUGAAAAUGGACCAAGUGAUGCAACACAAGUCUUUGCGUGUUGUGUUGUGUUGUGUUGGGGGUGGCGGUGGCGGUGGCGGUGGGGCGGGUCUGCAUUUGAAGAUGGAGGCCAUGGCCAUUCCCUGAGGGUGUGUAUGUUCUGUCACAGCUCUGAGCAGCAGACCUGACCAGUCCAGAGCUGACUCUCCAUUCACACUGUACAGAGAUCUAGCAUGUCUCUCCAAAUGAUUAAUAAAGAUGUCUUAUUACCAAAGUCACGCACACAA